UUCGUCUUGGACAGUUCGUGGUUGAGCGAUGGCUUUGGAGUGUCAUUUAUUUAUUGUAGUUCUGGUUGGAUUUAGCCAACCCUGUAGCAGCCAUGACACACAAAACUUGACAGAGAUGGAGUUGAUAACUGUAGCCUUGGAGGACAUGCUCACAAACUACGACAAGCGUAUACGUCCAGGGUAUGGAGAUGAGCCGGUAGAGGUUCAGAUCAACAUCAACAUCCGGUCCCUAGGCCCCAUCUCCGAGAUGGACAUGGCGUUCACGAUGGACUGCUACUUCCGGCAGGUGUGGACAGACGAACGCCUAGCGAUGAAGAGCCAUACCGCCAACUCCAAUAUGACCGAGUUCAUACAGCUCAGCAUUAAGAUUUUGGAGCGGAUCUGGUACCCUGAUACCGUGUUCUACAAUGGCAUGAAAUCCUAUCUCCACACCAUCACGACGCCAAACCGGUUCAUUCGCAUCUACAGGAGCGGCAAAAUACUUUUCUCCCAAAGGUUGACUGUUCGAGCCAUGUGUAAGAUGCAGCUGAGGAAAUACCCACUAGACGAACAGAACUGUCCUCUCCACAUAGGCAGCUUCGCGUACUCGACAAAGGAUGUCAUAUACAUAUGGCGGCACGAGAACCCCGUGGAGAUGCCCAAGGACAUGCGGCUGUCACAGUUUGACCUCAUGGAGACCCCAAUCAACUACACUUCAGUGGACUUCUUCAAGGGAGCCUGGCAUACCGUUCUAUCAGUGGACUUCCGGUUAAGUCGCCAUAUUGGCUACUUUCUUAUCAACGUGUACGUACCCUGCUGCCUGCUGGUCAUCCUCUCCUGGGUCGCCUUCUGGAUCAAUAGGGAGGCCACCGCCGACAGGAUUGCUCUGGGUACGAUGACGGUGUUAACGAUGACAUUCCUGGGUCUAGAGAGCCGGAGCGACCUGCCGCGCGUCUCCUAUACGACGGCCCUGGACAUCUACAUCGCCAUGGCGUUCGUGUUCGUCCUGGCGACUAUGGUGCAGUUCGCGGCCGUGCACAACUUCACCAAGCACGGCUACGGGGAGCCCAUGUUGGCGCCCCCUGCCGGCCACACCACAGAGGACGAGGAGGAAGAGGAUAAUGAACGACCGUUACUUAGUCGUCGUUCCGCAACCAGAACGGCACGUAUAAAACGCCAGCACGCGCUGCAACGUCAAACACGUCACGGACACGCUAACGGGGGUGGCGGUGGUGGUAGUGGUGGCGGCGGUCACCAUUUCUCUCGUGCGUCUAUGAAACGUGCGGCGUCAAAAGUUUGGAAGCGCCUCACAAGACUAUCAAAGAGAAAGCACGAGGAAGAUCUAACAAACAGCGUCAGCAAGAUCGACAGGGCCUCCAGGAUUUUAUUUCCGCUGGUGUUUUUUGUUUUUAACGUUUUGUAUUGUUUGAUAUAUUACUCUCUUUAA